AUGUGGGAUGAGGCAGCUGAAGACGGUAUCAUUCACUACUAUUUUCCUUUAAACGCUGUCUACUUAGGUCGGCUGUGCAUCAAAGUCAACAAGAAAUUUAUCAAAGGAUAUUUCCGGUUGGCUAUUGCAUUGCGUGCAUUGAACAAAUACAAAGAUGCUAUUGAUAACAUCAAGAUGGGACUUGCAGUAGACCCUGGUAAUGCUGACUUGAAAAAACAGGCGUCCGAGAUGGAGGAGUUAAUGCGCAAGGAUCGCGUGAUGGUCCUGAUCAGCAAGGCCAAGGAGCAGAUGCAAUCUGGACAUCUAAAAGACUGCCUUGCGACGUGCGAUCGUGCUCUUGCCCUCGAUGCCGGAAACAGUGAGAUAGUGAAAAUAAAGCGUAGCGUCGAACCUAAGUUUGAGGCUGCUGAAAAGCGCCGUGUCAUGUCAUUGCCCAAGCCAGCACGUGACAAAGAAGCAGGUGACAAGUGUUACAAACUAGCCGAUUUUGAAGGUGCUAUUGAAGCAUACACCAGAUGCAUCGAUGCUACUGCUGACAAGAGCUCAGAACUCUGUAUCAAGGCUUAUUCAAAUCGUUCUGCCUGUCACAAGCAGCUUUCCAACUUUGAUGGUACCAUAGCAGACUGUACUGCGGUCUUGGAUACAGACAUUAAUAAUGUGAAGUCGCUUGUCCGCCGCGCCCAGGCCUUUGAGGCAGUUGAGCGCUACAAAUCUGCUCUACAAGACGUAAAAUACGUCCUCAGUAUGCCCCAGUCUAGCGUAGGACAGGCAAACUGGUCUUAUGGCAUGCGGCGUCGAUUGAAGAAGGAAUUCCCAUGCAUGAUACGCUAUUUUCAGGUCCCUUUGCAAUAUGAUGAAAGAAAGGCUCACCAGAGUCGUUCAGCAACUCAAGGCUGGGCUUUGAGGUACACACAAAAGCACUUGCAUUCUAAGGACGUGAGCACUUGCAUUUGGCAAUCCAGCGUCGACAGAGCCCUAGCAGCGCACCGAUGA